AUGUGUUUUAAAUUUCCUAAGAUCCUCCAGGGAAAGCCCCAGCCAAUAGCCGCGGCGCCUGACCCGAGCAUCGGACCGCAGCCAAUCACAGCCCAGGAUUUUUCCCGCUCACACCGCCCCGCGCUGAGCCUCUUGGCCUCGGCUCUCCUGAUCGCCUCUGCGUCCGGAGGCAGCUACGGCAGCGGCGGCGGCGGCGGAGGCAAGCAUGGAGGUGGAGGCAGUACUGGAGGUUAUGGAGGUGGAGUGAGUGGAGGAAGUGGAUACGGAGGCGGAUCAAGUGGAGGAAGCGGAUACGGAGGUGGAGGAAGUGGAUAUGGGGGUGGAUCAAGUGUAGGAAGUGGAUACGGAGGUGGAUCAAGUGGAGGAAGUGGAUAUGGGGGUGGAUCAAGUGUAGGAAGUGGAUACGGAGGUGGAUCGGUGGGAGGUGGAUUUGGAGGAAGUGGAUACGGAGGUGGAUCAAGUGGAGGCAGCGGAUACGGAGGUGGAGGAAGUGGAUAUGGGGGUGGAUCAAGUGUAGGAAGUGGAUACGGAGGUGGAUCAAGUGGAGGAAGUGGAUAUGGAGGUGGAUCAAGUGUAGGAAGUGGAUACGGAGGUGGAUCGGUGGGAGGUGGAUUUGGAGGAAGUGGAUACGGAGGUGGAUCAAGUGGAGGAAGUGGAUAUGGGGGUGGAUCAAGUGUAGGAAGUGGAUACGGAGGUGGAUCAAGUGGAGGAAGUGGAUACGGAGGUGGAUCAAGUGGAGGCAGUGGAUACGGAGGUGGAUUUGGAGGAGGAAGUGGACACGGAGGUGGAUUCGGUGGAGGAAGCGGUGGAGGUUAUGGGAAGUAACCGCUAUCAGAGGUCUUCCAGAUGACGCAGCUUCAUUUCUAACUUUUUUUCUCUCUAAUAAAGUGUUUAUAAUAAUGAU